UGGAUACUCUGCGCCCUAAUCCAGCUCAACGAUAAAAUCAGAACUCAUUUUCUUACUUGCCCGGCAAGCAAAGUUAUGGAAACGUAAACCGCCAAGAAAACGGCACCGAAUGAGGUGGGCGGUGGGUCUAUAUCUGAGACUUGUUUGAACGAUCCUGUUGCGUGGUAGUACACAGAAUAUUGUUGUUGUGCCGGUUUUGUUUGGGCUUUAAUGGAGCUUUGAAUCUCAGCGGUUUAUAUUUCAGUUUUCAUUUCAAUGUUGUAAACUUUUUAUAGAAUAGAAGGAAAAAUAAUUCUUUGCUCCGCUUUAAAAUGGAUGCCAAAGGACAGCUUCUGUGUCCAUCAUUCCUCGACAAAGCCAAAUUGAAGCGAAAGAGGGCUGUAAUCUCUUAUGUGAAUGCGAACAAGCGGUCAUUAAUGUCCCCUGCAAAAAGGCCCAAAAUGCCCAACGGAUUUAUUAACUGUUGCUCCGACGAGAAGGCGGUUGUGGAAAAUUACAGUAGUUUUAAAAGAAGCGGCAUUCCGGCCCGUGUUAUGUAUUUCUGCGAGGGCGACUGGAUGGAUUUCCCGUCUGAAAUUGCUGUGCUGGUCAAGCAGGCUUUGCAAGACGGUAAGACAGCUGUGGAGGUCACCGUUGACGGUGUUUCGUGCUUGUUGGAUUUUCUGUAUAUGUUACAGAUUGAUCUAAAAUCGGGCGCGCAGAGAUCCAUUGCCUGGAUAGACAUUGAUGGAAAAUGUUUUUCCCCGAGAAUUGUCUGUCACGGGAUGGGAGAAUUGAGUUCUCUGUCUGUUGACCUCAGAUUCCAUGGCGCCGAUGUAUUGGGUGUCGAAAAUUGUAAAGUAGUUACUGAAGAUCCGAAAUUUGUCAAAGCGGAGCAGGGUUCUUCUGCUAGGGUUUGCGCUGCAAAUGAGGCUUUUGAGGGCGCGGGAGACAAUUUGAUUAAGCUGGUUGAUGAUGAUCGGGAAUUUGCGGAUGUGAGAAACAAGUUUUUAGCUGGUCUUAAAACGCUUGCCACUUUUACAAGCGUUAUUGGAAUUUAUCGCAACUCGCAUCGCAGUGUUUCUGGGCGAUCCCGAUUGCAUGUUUUUCAGCGGUCCGUGGAUAUCAUUACCAGAAAGAAUGGAGGUGAUGGAAAUAUCCAAUAUGCCUGGCACGGAACCUCUAGGGAUGGUGUCUGUGGUAUAAUAAAGCAUGGUUUUGGGCAGCCUAUGAUCCCUAAACAUGGUGCGGUUCUUGGUAAAGGAGUCUACCUUGCACCUGCAAAUUGCUCGUAUGUUAGUGCAUUAUACUCUGAUAUUGACGAAAAUGGUGAACAACACAUGAUGAUGUGUCGCGUAAUAUUGGGGCAUACGGAGCUGGUGAAGCCUGGCUCACGGCAAUGCCAUCCUAGUAGUGAAGAUUUCGAUACUGGCGUAGAUGAUCUUACUAAUCCAAGGCGUUAUAUCGUCUGGAGUACACACAUGAACACGCAUAUAUUGCCAGAAUAUGUUGUUAGCUUUAGGGUUUCUCCCCAUUUACAUGAGCAUUGGUCUAGAUUCAAAGCAAGACAACAUGCAAUACCAAUGCUUGAGACUGAUGGAGGUCGGCAGUCUUAUCCCGGUUUAGAUAAGAAAUCAGAGCAGCCUUGUCCUACUUUAAUAAAGGAAUCACGACAUAAUAUGCAUCUCCCGAUGCCAACUUCUGCUUGCGUGUCAUUUCCAAGAUUUUUUAACUUCCUUGACAAAUUCCUAUCUUCAUCAAGUAUCAGUAUGCUGAAGAAGCAUCGUGCUGAUUACGAGGAAAGAAAAAUUAGUCGAGAAGACCUCAUAAGAAGCGUGAGAAUGAUUGCUGGUGAUAGGCUGGUUAUUGCAGCUCUAACAAUGUUUAGAGGUCAAGUACAUCCUUCAAUGGAUGAAAAGAUCAGUGCUGGACCAAAAAAUUUAGCCGCUGGUGGCUUCGAAGUUUCGAACAAUGUUACUGAAAGUUCAUCGAUGCGACUCAAAAGUUGAUCUCUACAUAGGUUAUACAGAAGACAAUCUUGCGAACAAUGUUGCUGAACGUUCAUCGAUGGAACUCAAAACUUGAUCUCUUUAAACAGAAGACCUUCUUUCCGUCAAACAUGGAGAAUGAUAAUGUAUCAUUUUUGGAAGCUCCAGAUUUUUGACUGUAUGUUGCCAAGCUGCUUGUGAUUUAGGUAAUAUCGAGACUAGGGGAGGUCCUUAUGUAAACUAGUUUUGAUAAAUAGGGUCAUGGUCCUGACUCCUUGAUGACAGGAGUGACAUUUUGGAACAACUAUCCCAUUUUAUUUUGUGCAUGCCUCUAUAUAUUACACUUAUUUCGCAAUUAAAUUGGAGCGAUGCGAUCUGAUGGUUGGAUUUCGA